GUCUGUCAAACUGUUAAAUGGCAGCUGUCAGCUGAUUCAAAACGUCAAAUUGUCUAAUGUCUAUAGAAAAUUAAAAAUUUAGUAUUAAUUUGCAAAUAUAUAAGCAAAAUGUUAAUUUCAAGAGGCCUUUCAGUCCUUACAAGAUUAAAUAAUUUAAAUAAUGUCACAGUACUUAACCAACCUAUUAGAAAUGGCCAUCACUGGAAUUAUAGAAAAGCACGACCGACACCACCCCGAAAUAUGGUACUGAUGGCAGAACUAAUCCAGGGGUUUGCUUGGUGGUGGGUUUUAUGGCAUUUAUGGACCGAACCAGGACAUGUUUUCGGUGAAUUUGAAUACCCAGAUGCUUCAAAGUGGACGGAUGAUGAAUUGGGAAUUCCAUCAUCUUAAAGUAUUUUAGACAAUUUAGUUUCUUGUAGCUAUGUAAAAUUAUUAAUAAAAUUCUAUGAAAUACAUUUUUUUUAACAUU